CCGGCCCGGCCCCGCCAUGACCAACGAGCUGGACAUCUUCGUGGGCAACACGACGCUCAUCGACGAGGAUGUGUACCGCCUAUGGCUGGACGGAUACUCCGUGUCGGACGCCGUGGGGCUGCGCGUGCGGUCGGGAAUCCUGGAGCAGACGGGAGCCACGGCCGGAGUCCUGCAGAGCGAUACCAUGGAUCACUACCGCACUUUCCACAUGCUGGAGCGUCUACUACACGCUCCGCCCAAGCUGCUCCAACAGCUCGUCUUCCAGAUCCCGCCCUCCCGCCAGGCCCUGCUCAUCGAGAGGUACUAUGCUUUCGACGAGGCCUUCGUGCGGGAAGUCUUGGGGAAGAAACUGUCCAAGGGCACCAAGAAAGACCUGGACGACAUCAGUACCAAGACCGGCGUGACCCUCAAGAGCUGCCGCAGACAGUUCGACAACUUCAAGCGCGUCUUCAAAGUGGUGGAGGAGAUGCGGGGCUCUUUGGUGGAUAACAUCCAGCAGCAUUUCCUCCUCUCCGACCGGCUGGCCAGGGACUACGCGGCCAUCGUCUUCUUCGCCAACAACCGCUUCGAGACCGGGAAGAAGAAGCUGCAGUAUCUGAGCUUCGGGGACUUUGCCUUCUGUGCGGAACUCAUGAUCCAGAACUGGACGUUGGGGGCCGUCGAUUCCCUGGUGGAUGACAUGGACGUGGACUUGGACAAGGAAUUUCUCCAGGACCUGAAGGACCUCAAAGUGUUGGUGACCGACAAGGAUCUCCUGGACCUGCACAAGAGCCUGGUGUGCACCACGCUCCGGGGGAAGCUGAGCGCCUUUGCGGAGAUGGAAGCCAACUUCAAGAACCUGUCCCGAGGCCUGGUGAACAUCGCCUCCAAGCUGACCCACACCAAGGACGUGCGCGACCUCUUUGUCGACCUGGUGGAGAAGUUUGUGGAGCCCUGCCGCUCGGACCGCUGGCCGCUCGCUGACGUGCGCCUCUUCCUCAACCAGUAUUCGGCCUCCGUCCAUUCCCUGGACGGCUUCCGGCACCAGGCGCUCUGGGACCGCUACAUGGGGACCCUCCGGAGCUGCCUCCUGCGCCUUUAUCACGACUGACCCCCCUGUCCCGGAUGGGAGGGCCGCCCCCCCGUCUCGACCCCCGGCCCGGCUCCGUGGUGACAAUAAAAUGGUUGCCGUGGCCACA